AUCCCUCUAUUCUUGAAUCUCUCUCUCUCUCCUCCUGCACCUCUCUGUUCUUGAAUCUCUCUCUCCCCUGCUGACGUCUAUCCAGUUGCCUCUCCCCCUCCGCCGUUCUCAGUUAUUUUUUUCGGCCGGUUUUCUCUCUGUUCCCAACGCCGGUCUCCCGGUGUCAGUCCAUUUGACUUGCUCGGCUCUUCCAGGCGGUGCCGAGCCACCUCUCUCCUUGCCCUUUGACGUUGUUUAGGCUCCGCCGCUGAGCUCCUGCUGCAGGGCCGCCGCCUCCGCCGCCAGUGUGACAGAUUCAAGAUGGCAGUGCUGGCAAGGUUCUUUGACAGAGAAAUAUCAACCAGUCUUCAGACCACUGACUAAGUAUUCCUCCUAACGGCCCAUCAGCAGAUUGCAGAGAACUUUCCUGGAAACAAAAGAGAGGGAAAAUUGACCUGUUGAAUAAACUGUGACAAUGUCAACAAACAACAUAGCUCAGGCAAGGAAAAUGGUGGAGCAGUUAAGGAUUGAAGCUGGUAUUGAAAGGAUUAAGGUAUCAAAGGCGGCUGUAGAUUUGAUGAACUACUGUGAACAACAUGCAAGAAACGACCCAUUGCUUGUUGGAGUUCCAGCCUCUGAAAAUCCCUUCAAGGAUAAAAAGCCUUGCACCAUUCUAUAGCUGCUACCAGCCAUCUUUUCUUAAACUGCCCACAGCAUCAGAGGACCUGCCAAGAAUUUCUGUUGGUAUUCAGACCUUGAGAAGCAAAUGCAGCUUCUGAAAUGCAGGACUGCUGUGGAAGUGUGUUUUAAAAAAUAGGGGAAAAAGAAGUUGGAUUCUGUUUGUUUGUCAAUUAAGCAUGUUUCUGGAAGUGAAGGGAAGAAGAUAUUAUAGGCAACAGAAAUGGAAAACGAUUGCUAUUUUGGACUUCUAUGAUAGAUUUUCUGAUUGUAAUAUUAUGAUCUUAGGUUUAAAAAACACUCGGCAAAGAUAGUUCUGCCUAAAAAUUCUUUUAAAGGUUUAUGUGUAAAGAGUGUACAUUUGGAAGAUGAUGAUAUAGUUUGGGCAAUAACACAUUAAGCAAAGGGAGCAAUUGGCUGCUUCCAUUGCAUUUUUAAAUGUCACAUUGUUCAUCUUUAUUGUCAUUAGCAAUGUUCUAUGUAGCAGUGUAGUUUUACUUAUUCCAUCUUUUAAAUUCCAUAUUUACACUACCAAAGUACUUGCCAAGGUAACCAAUGUAAAUAAUCAAUAUUUUAUUCAUUUUUCUUCAUCUAUUUUCUUAAUGAGACCUGCUAGUUACAACUUAACCCUAAAAAAGCCCAAACUGUAGAAUAAUUUACAAUUAUUUGUGCUAAACAUUAUUAGGUAAAAUUGAAAAUUUUGAGUUUAGCCAAUGCAAAUAUUUGAUACCCUCAAGGGCAACACCAGGAGGCACCAUACAACCCACAUGGUAUGCAUGGGGAUGUAGGCAACUUGUUUCUCCUAUCUCUGAACAUAGACUUUCUUUACUCCAUUUAAAUGAAUGAAUUAUCCAACAAUAUUGAGCAUAAACCUGACUUUAUUGCCAUGAGAGUAUCGCACAUCAUAUUUGAUGAACCUCAACUAAUCUGUAUUUUAGUUAAACAUAAAAUGUUUCACUAAGUCAUACUGUUAAUUUUAAAACUUCUGGAAAUCAUGCUUAUUGAAUUUUUAUUUAAUACUUAAAUUCUGAUCUAGUAUUUGCAGUACUGUUCUCAAUAUGCACUUAAGAUAAUGAGAGAAGAAUCUUCUGCAUGACAGCUGCAGAUUGAUAAAAUUUCUAGGAAUGUCACUUUAAAACUAAAGCAAAGAUUAAGAAAGAAAUAUUUGUCAAUGUAUCAAGUGAGCAAUUGCUCUUCACUUGUCCUUGUUCAUUACAACAAAUUUCUUGAGGAUUACAAACUGUCAUCACUUGCCAAAAUCCAUCAAAUUGCCAAGUAAUUUAUGACAUAGAGAAGUGUUAGAAAACUUUAGAAACCACAGUUUUAUUUGUGUUUAAAUUUUAUUAUUGUAUUUGAAGAUGUGUAAAACAUUUGCCAAGACUUUUCUGUUUAAUGCCUUUAAACAGGUUGCAUGUGCAUUGUACUUCCAGCUGCCUUGCAUUGUUGCCUUUUAUUCUCAGCUGUUCAGUGUUAGUUAAGCCUGCCAUAAAUUUAAUAAAAACCUUUUCUUGAACCACAUCAUCUCAUCAAGAAUGCCAUCACAAAUUUCUUUACAAGUUACUGUAUUAUGAAUUGCUAUUUACAGAUGUCUGUAUACAAAUAAAAAGGAUAAUUUCUCAUAAAAAUACUUAAAGCAUUUGAAAAUGUAGUUGUGCAAUAUAAAAUUCUGGAAAGCUGUUAUUUCGGUAACUGGAAGUAGAGAUAUGUGGUUUGUGGUGAAGUGUAGAUUUUGGAGACACAAUCUUGCAGUACCAUGUCAACCAUGUGCUUCCCUCCACUUUUAACUCCUUUUCUUUUACGGUGCCUUUUUAUUUGCUAAUCUUUUGUUAGUGAUACAAAUUGCAGUAUUUCCUUUAUCAUGCCAAUUGAAUACCUGUACAUUGAGACACUUAACUGCAGUAAAAAUUAAUAUUUGUGAAUCUAUCAACAUUUCAUAAACUGUUGUUUGAGAUGUAUUACAAAAUUUUUUUUGAUUUUACUGACACUGAUUAAAAAAAACUAUUGAGAGUGUAUGUUCCCAGUUGUGUGAUUGUCGAUUCAUCUCAGUACACUUUCAAUUAAAAUUUGUAUAAUACAGGCUCUCAAAUUAACAUCAUAUGUGAACAAUUGUACGUUGGUGCUACAAUAUACUAUGGCAUGGUGUUAAA